AUGGCUCCCUCAUUCACAGUUAUUGCCACGGCUGGCAAGCCUAUUCUCCACCGGGACGACUUUUGGCUCACUGAAGCCCCAGUGCACGACGAAGAGACUGGCCUCACAUGGUUCACCGACAUCCCUAGGGGUGCUAUUUACAGCUUUGACAUCAAAGUCGGGCAAGAAAGUUUGAAAAGAAUUGAAGUUGGCGAGUAUGUUGGAUGUCUUGCUUUAAUCGAAGGAGACAAGGAGCACCUUGCAGUUGGCGCAAAGAGAGGAUUUGGAAAAUUGAACAUAGAAACCGGGGGGCUGGAAUACUACAACAUAUUGUAUCCUGAUGACCAGGCGAAGCAAGAUUUAAUGCGAAUUAAUGAUGGGACUGUUGAUGUCAAGGGACGUUACUGGGCAGCCGCUAUGAGAAGUUUCGGGCUUGGAGUUCCUCAAAACGAAGGAGCAGUUUUCUGUUCUGAUACAAAGAAGUCCCUACGCACUGUAAAGCAUCCAGUUGCUGGACCAAACGGAUUCGCAUUUUCGCCCGACAACUCAAUUAUGUAUUUUGUCGAAACCCGGCUCCAAACCAUCUUUUCAUACGAUUAUGACCCAGAAACUGGAUCAGCCACCAACGAGACGGAAUUCAUCAAAUUCGACCCUGAGGUCCAUGGCCCAGGAGCACCAGAUGGAAUUGCUAUAUCUCAGGAUGGUGAUUUAUGGGUCGCUGUCUUCAACGGUAACAAGGUGAUCAGAUUCGACUCGAAAACCAAGGAUGUGAAGGGAAUUAUCGAGGUCCCUACAAGCAAACAGGUUGCUUGCCCAGCUUUUAUAGGUGAAGGUUUGGUCAUAACGACGGGGAAACUGGUACAUAUGGAUCCGGAGGUUGGAAAGGGCCACAGCCCGGAUGCAGGCGAUGUUUUCUACGUCCCCCUUCCUGGUAUUAAGGGAGCGGAGGUAUAUAAGGUCAGGUUCGACUAG